AACACUGCGCGCGAACCAAACACGGCGAGGAUAAGGCAAGAUGGCGUCUGACGGUGAAGACGUCAUUGCAGUCGUCACAGUUCAGUGUUCUUAAUCUGUGCGUCCAUGUACACAUAUAUGUCCUUUAUUACACUCUAUUAAAUAGAGUAAACAUCGUUAAUAACUGUUUGCAUCCGGUUAUAUUAGUCUGAGCGCACUUUGACGCUUCUCCAGCUAGCUUAGCCUGCUAGUUAGCUUAGCUUGUUAGCUGCUAACAAAGAGAAGCGGAAUUGAUCAAAACACAUCGCUAAGCAGAGAUCAAGUGUGAGUGUAAAGUGUUGUGAUUGUGUGAAAAUGUGCGAAAGAACGAUAGCAGAGUACGAGGAGGAACUUUGUCCAACAAAAGAGGAGAAGGAGCGACAACAUCAAAAACGUCAAGUUGUGUUACACAGAACAGACAUCGAUCAGCUGAUUGGACACCAAGAAGAAUGUCUCCCUCAUCUGCAGGGGGACAGUUUCACUUUAGAGGAUCCACAGCCCUCACAUUUUAAAGGGGACGAGGAGGAUCCACAGCCCCCUUAUUUUAAAGAGGAAGAGGAGGGAGAGUGUCCUGUAGGGCAGGAGGAGGCUGAUCUCACCAAGUUUCCACUGACUGUUGUCUCUGUGAAGACUGAAGAGCAUGAAGACAAACCACCUGAGUCCUCACAGCUUCAUCACAGUCCAAACGUCUGUGAAAAAUAUUGUCCACCUGAGCAGCAGGAGGGGUCCUCCAGUAUGGAGCAGAAGAGGUCACAGCACCUCCACGUGAAAGAAGAGGAGCCACAGCCCCCCCACUUUAAAGAUGAAGAAAAACAGCGGCUGUCCCCCCACUUCAUAGAGGAAGACAAGAGACACCUCAUCAGUGUGAAGAGUGAAGAUGAUGAGGUGAAAGGUGAGAGUGAGGAGAAGAGAGAGGCGGAGCCUCCAAGCAGCAGCUCAACUCAACACAUGACAACAGAAGCUGAUGGAGACCACUGUGGAGGAUCACAAGCAGACAAGCUCUUAGCUCCACUAUCAGAUAGUGAGGACACAACGUCACACUCUCCUGACACUGAUGAUGAACACUCUAAAGAUGAUAAGACAUGUCACACUGACAACACACACUUCACAUGUUCUCACUGUGACAAAACCUUUAAAUCUCUUAGUAAAUUGAAAGUACACAUGAGAAUACACACUGGAGAAAAACCUUUUUCGUGUUCAAUCUGCGGUAAAGAUUUUACUCAAAGUCAAUAUUUCAAAGCACACAUGAGAAUACACACUGGAGAAAAACCUUUUUCCUGCUCAGAAUGUGGUAAAAGUUUUGCAGUAAGUCACCAUUUAAAAAUACACAUGAGAACACACACUGGAAAAAAAACAUUUUUCCUGCUCAGAAUGUGGUAAAAGUUUUGCAGUAAGUCAAAGUUUAAAAGAACACAUGAGAACACACACUGGAGAAAAACCUUUUUUUCUGCUCAGAAUGUGGUAAAGGUUUUGAAAAAAAUGUAAGUUUAAAAGUACACAUGAGAACACACACUGGAGAAAAACCUUUUCAUGUUCAAUCUACUGUAAAGAUUUUACUCAUAGGCACAAUUUGAAAAUACACAUGAGGAAACACACUGGAGAAAAACCUUUUUCCUGCUCAGAAUGUGGUAAAAGUUUUGCAGUAAGUCACCAUUUCAAAGAACACAUGAGAAUACACACUGGAGAAAAACCUUUUUCCUGCUCAGAAUGUGGUAAAAGUUUUGUAACAAAUCAAAGUUUAAAGGGACACUUAAGAAAACACACUGGAGAAAAACCUUUUCCCUGCUCAGAAUGUGGUAAAAGUUUUGUAAAAAAUGUAAGUCUAAAAGUACACAUGAGAACACACACUGGUGAAAAACCAUACUCCUGUUCAAGCUGCAACAAACGUUUUCGUUACCUAAACACUCUUACAGUACACAUGAGAACACACACAGGCUAAAAACCAUACUCCUGUUCAAGCUGCAACAAACGUUUUCGUUACCUAAAAACUCUUACAGUACACAUGAGAACACACACAGGACAGAAAGUGUUGAGUUGCAGUGUGUGUGGUGAAAGAUUCUCUUCUAAGUACCAGUGUAAGAAACACAAGUGUGCUGGUGAGAACAGCAGCAGCAAAUGAAAAUGCAGGAUUUGAAAUAAACUGUCAAAACUUUAACUUUGACCUUCUAACAACAUCAGCACAUAGAUUCUAACAUUUAUCGAUUAGAUAUUUUUGAUUAUUGCUUUUUUCAGUCCAGUACAUGUUUUAAUAUACAUUGUGUACUUGUAUUUAAAAAUUAACACAACACUUUGACUGUAAAGGUGAGAAUAAACAAGAUAAAACAUGUUAUAAAUACAUUUUAUGUGUAUAGAGAU